UUGUCGUCUCAUUACGCCAGCUGUGGUGUAACAUCCCAGAUCGUGGCUAGUGGGUUUCUUUCGGAGUUUGUGUCGCCAGCAGUGGUAGCAGCAGCAGCAGUAGCAGCAGCAGCCGGCAGGACAUACCUCUCAACCUCUUCUUCUAUCAAACCACCGCUAAACCGAAAUUCUUCGCCGUAGUUUGUGCCAUUGUGCUGAGUGCCGGAAAGUGUCGGAAGUUCCCGGGAGAGGGCCGUUAAAAACAAAACCUUCGAGUAGUUUCCAACGUGUCUCUAAAGUGUUGCCUUGCAAAGUGAGUCUUACUUCGACCCGAUAAUGUCCUACAUUGGCAACACAUCCGAUGUGGAGCAGGAGAAGAACCUGUCCGAAUACCGGCGGCAGCGCAGCUCCAGCAACCUGAUGCCGUCCGGCGCCAAGCAAACGGUCGGCAGCCCGAAAAUGUCGGACGUCCUGUGGAACGACAAGCGGGCGGCCAGCCGGGCCGUCAACGCGUCCGACGACGACGACUCGGAGGUGUCGGACAGCGAGAACUUCCUCGCCAAGGGCGCGUUCCUGCUGACGCCCUCGCACGAGCUCUCGAUGGACCGGGCCGCGCUGAUCUGCGAGAAGAUGAAUUUUAAGGGCUGCUUCAGCCUGACGAAAACCGCCACCGGAAUACUGUUCAAGUUUUCCAACCCGGAGGACUACCAGGCGGUGUUCAAGAAGGGCUUUCAUAAGGUGACCGGCGCCCGGUUCUACAAAAAGAUUGCCAUCCCCUGCCGGCCGCAGAAAACGUUCAUGCUGUACGUAUUCGACGUGCCGGAGGACCUGCCGGAGGAAGACAUCCGGCACUCGCUGUACCGCUUCAACUCGGUGGUCGAGGUGGUCCGGCUGGUCGUGCAGUAUCAGAAGCCCGCGAUCCAGCCGGAUCCCGGUCAGAUGCACGCGACCGCCACCGGUGCGUCCCAAACGAAGCCCCAGGUGCCAAAGCUGCCGACUACCAAGCCGAUCGACGAGCAGGACGUGGCGCUGCAGAAAGAGUCGCCACCGCCCCCGAUCCGCAUCACGCUCGCCUCGCUCGAGGAGUACAAUCACCUACUGCAGAACGGGCUGGACUUCUACGGGGCGACCUUCUUCCCUACCGAGGCCCAGCUACCACCGCACGCGGCCAAGAUUGCCACCAAACGGGGCACGCGUAUGAUCGACGGUAGCAUUCCUGGGCGUGUGCGCGAGCUGCUUCCCGUGUUUGACGCGGCGGGAUUUAGCAAAAUUCCGCCUCCGGCUUCGAAAACGAUUAAACCGCGCCCAUAAACCGUAGCCCCUCCCCCGCGCCCGCAAGACCCACAGCCACCUUCGUCCGGGCCCCAGCGUGACCGAGAAAAAUCAUCAUCAUCGUCAUCAUCAUUACCAUCCAUCUUCUGCUUCCCGCCAUCCUGUCGUUUAUCUUAUUGGCAAACGCGUCUUGUCGCGCAGACCAACAAUGCACGCAUUGCUUCCGCCUGCUGUGCACGACCCCCCCCCCCCCAUGCCAAGAAUCCCCAAUCAACUCCGCACCACACACUCGCUGCUCGUUGGGGGCGCGCAACCAUACGUGACCGUAGGAUGGUUCCGCUACGCGUGAUUAGUUCGCCUGCCGAUCGGGAAAAACGGCCCGCGGAUCCACCGCCAUAAAUCUGUCCGAAAUCAUCUGCCCAAUCUCCAAAGCGCGCCACUGCGGUGUGCAACCGACCGUGCUCAUCUAAUCACUGUUUGUUUUUCUCUCGUGUCGCGCAACUGCGUCUGGCGAAUUUAAAUCCCGUAACACACACACACAUCACACA